GGGAACUUUUCGGUGCGAACGGACGCGUGCACUAUAUUGCAAUAUAUCUAAUACGCGAAUCGAAACAAUUCUAAGUGUCCAAAAUGAGGCCAGCAAUUAUCUUUGUAAUGCUACUCUUGGCCUGCUUGGCUUGGCUGAUCACCUGCGAUCAAGGACAUUCGGCACAAGCAGACGAACAUCGUGCCGAGUUGAUCGGUAUUAGAGGUCAAGAACUAUCUGGAAAACGACCACAAGGAAAUCGAACCGGGACCGAUCUAGGACCCAACGGCGUGACGAACAUCAGUUACCUUGGAAAAGAAGGUAUGCUCAUUAUUGAGCUGAGAGCUAUGCGCAACCGAGAGGCGAGGAUCCCUUGCAGCAACAGCAAGAUCGUUCUCGAUGGUCCAGGAGCACAGGUGAUCUGGUUGAAAAACGAUAAAGAUAUAAAAUAUAAAUUUCCUAACGCAGACUAUGAAGAUGGAUGGGCAAACCCAGAAAAUAUCUACGACACCACUUGCAACCCCGGUUCUUGCAGGGAUCCGACGAACUUAAUCAUUAAAAAGGUCUCAGAUGAGGAUGGGGGUCUAUACCGAUGUCGUGUGCAUUAUGUAACUAAGCAAGCAACUGAUCAUUUAAUCGAACUCCGAGUAGUCGAUCCUCCGGAUACACCGACUAUAUUUGUUGACGGGCAGGAAUUUCGCAGAAUCACCGUAGGCCCACUUAGCAUCGGGAGCAGUAUAAAUAUAACUUGUAGUGUACAGAGGAAAGAUACUGAGACCGAAGUUUAUUGGCGACGCAAUGGCGCUAUAGUAAACUCAUUACAAGUAAUUACACCUCACAACCUGGUGCAAGCAGAAUUAUUUUUACAAAAUUUAACGAGGAACGAUGAUAACACGCGUUUGGAAUGUCUCAUUCAGACUGCUGACGUGUCAGAACCCCUCAUAAGGCCUCUUGUCGUACGGAUGAUCUUACCCCCCCUGACCGUUUACAUUAAGCUUGAUGGGAACGAACAAUUCGAAGUGGGGAUCCCUCGCGUUUUGGAGUGUUUGGUCAUAGGCAGCUUCCCAGCCCCCAUCAUCCAUUGGACAUUGGGCACCUCAUUGCUAACAGCUACCGACUACGUGAUUUUUAACGAUGGGAAUACGACGUCCUCUACCCUGACACUGUCAGUAGCGCAAAACGAUAAAGGAAAAACUCUUACCUGCCGCGCUCACAACAUGCUAAUACCCACAGAGCAAUUUGAAGAUAAAGUGAAUAUUACAGUAGGCUUCGCCCCCAUCUGCGAGAUUAGAAGAGUAGUUCCUGUCGGCGUAAUCAAAAAAGAACCGGAGACCGUAACGUGUACCGUAAGAGCAGAUCCAGAACCAGUACACUUCACAUGGGUGUAUAGCGAUGGCCGGACGGCCAUCACGAAGGGCACUGUCCUCUCCGAAAACCGGUAUUCGUCAAACCUGACCUGGCUACCUCGAGAUGGCGACUUCGGGAUACUUGAGUGCAAAGCAUCGAAUUCCUUUGGCAUCCAGAGCAUCUCUUGUUUUUAUAACGUCAUUCCAGGUGGCCCCCCCGUGCCACCAGAAUGUGAAACAAAAAGCACUGAGGCCAGUCAACUUGACGUAGACUGUCGACUAGACGAAAAGAAGAAAAACACUCCUUCAGACCCUGGAUGGAUGCCUUACGUCAAGGUUAUCAGCGGCAUGUUAAUAAUUGCGGCGGCAGUGGCUGUUAUAGGGCUCAGCACACAAGUCUGCUACGUAAAACGGGACGAAGAUUCUGAACCGGAGCUGGUACCUCGACAUAACGAAUGUUUCCAUCCCGAACCGGAUAUAGAAAUGGAGAACAUUUCCCUUGAGGCACCCAAUACCCCAUUUUGCUCGCCUGUGGUGCCGACCAGCCGCGUUAUAAUAGGCGGCCCUAUCUCCCCUGCAGAAGAAGAAUAUGAAGAGGAUGAGGAUGACGACAGCCAGCGAUCAUUUUUCGUCUAAAGUAGCGUUCAAGACCAAAGUAAUACCAUUGAGGACCACAAGCUCAAAUGUCCCCGACAAUCCGAGCACAAUAGAUACCUAACUGUUUAACGACACAAAAUAAUUUAUAGAACUAAGUACAAUAUUAUAUCU